AUGAAGAACAGUCCGAAUACUCGCCAUUUCGUGGUUGAAAAGCCACUCUUCCUCGGCGCUGUCCUCACCAUUGCCAUGACCGGUGCCCUUCUCAUCACCGGCUUAAGCAAAACAAUCAACACCUCAUUCGCUUGUCUCUACACCAAAGACAAUGCCGAUGCAACAACCGCCGCCAUGCGGACACAACUCCUUGCUGUGGUCCAUUACGCCACCUCUAAAGAAAUCCCCGAGAUAACCUUCCCCGAAAUCCGGGCCUCCCUCGACGUGCUGCUCAGCCUCGCCCCAUGCAACUUCCUCGUCUUCGGCCUCGGCCACGACUCCCUCAUGUGGGCCGCAUUGAAUCCACGUGGCACCACCCUAUUCCUCGAAGAAGAUCCCAAACUCGUCCACAAGAUCCUCGCACGUGCCCCGGCAUUACGUGUCCACACCAUAACGUAUAGCACGCAGCUUUACGAGGCUGACCAUCUCAUCAACUCGUACAAGUCCGAGAAAAACUGUUUGCCUCCAAACGUGCACCUCAGGGGCAACGCCAGGUGUAAGUUGGCGUUGAGCGAGUUACCGGAUGACGUGUACAACAGAGAGUGGGAUGCCAUAUUUAUAGAUGCGCCACGUGGAUAUUACGCGGAGGCGCCGGGGAGGAUGGCGACUGUGUUCACGGCGGCAGUGAUGGCCCGUAGGAGAACGAGGAGCGGUAUGACGCACGUGUUCUUGCAUGACGUAGACAGGAAGGUGGAGAAAAUGUAUGCGGAGGAGUUUUUGUGUAGGAAGUAUUUGGUGAAGGCGGUGGGGAAAUUGUGGUAUUUUGCGAUACCGCCUGGGGUUAAUGUGAGUAAGAGCAAGGGGAGGCGUGGUACGCCACCGUUUUGUCAAGAUUGA